AAUUCCAAUGGACUUGAGGCUUCCAUGUGGCACAUUGUCCGACUACUAGCUAACUCAAUUCAAAUUUGGAAAUUUCCUGCUUAAAUGGCAUCUCUCUGACAGCUAGUACAGUUUUUCUGCCCUAAUAUUUCUCGAUUUUGUCAUUAAGCCAAACAUUCUCGGAGUCUCAGAUUAAGAAAAAAGAAGAAGAAAGAAAUCCCUAAUUUUUAGGAAUUGUUGUAAUAAUCUAUUAGCAAUGUCAAUCGCCGCCGCUGAUACACCGUCGACUUCAACUUGUAGUGAUGGUGCACAAGAACUGGAUCCCCUUUUGAAAGAUUUGAAUGAAAGGAAACAAAAUUUUAGAAGAAAUGUAGUAUCAUUAGCUGCUGAACUGAAACAUGUUCGGAAUCAACUCGCUUUAAAAGAAGAGAUUUUUGGUAAUGAAACGAUUACUAGACAGGUGGAGGCAAAGGCGACAGAUAUGGAAAAAGAAAUUAGUCGUUUGCAGGAAGAUUUAGACGACCGGAAUCGGAAAUUACAAGCUUCGGCUUGUAUAGCUCAACAGUAUUUGAUGGAGAUGGAUGAUUUAAGGUCUCAGCUUUCAAGCACACUAGCUGAUGCAGAUGCAAGAGCAGUAUCAGCUCAAUCAUCUCAGCUUCAGUGCUUGGUAUUGAGAAAUGAGUUAUAUGAGAAGAAGAACUCAUCAGAAGAGCAUGAAUGUCGUGUCAAUACACUAGAAGAGAAGCUGGUUAAUCUGCAAAAAGAUCUUCAUGAAAGGGAGGAAUCUCAGAAACAACUGAAAGAUGAAGUCUUGAAAAUGGAGCGAGAGAUUACGCUAGCAGUUGAAAGAGCUGGGCAAAGAGAGGAUUAUGAACUGAGGCAGAUCUUAGAAGAGGCGUCUAUUAAGAAUUUUGAGAGGAUUAGUAAGCAUUUGACUUCCAAGGAUGAAGAGAUUGUUAAGUUGAGGGAUGAAUUCAGGAUUAUGUCCGUCCAUUGGAAACUAAAAACUAAGGAUCUGCAGUCGAAGUUGGAGAAUCAUCAGCGAGCAGAACACGAACUGAAAAAGAGGGUACUGAAAUUGGAGUUUUUCCUUCAAGAAGCUCACUCCCAGACAAGGAAGCUUCAAAGGUUUUUCCAUUGCAGUUUUUGGUUUGUGUCCGGCAGAUGGGAGAGAAAAGGGAUAAAGUUCUGGAAGAACUCAAACAUGAGGUGGAUAUAAAGCAACAGGAAGAAGGUUUUGGCAUUGACAAGCAGAACUUCUGGGAUACCUCUGUCUUUAAGGUUAUGGCUUCUAUGGCCAUGUUUGUCCUGGUAGUAUUUGGAAAACGCUAACUCUCCUUUAUGUGGAUGUUGUUUGUUCUCACCUUACACUCACUGACAGUCCCACACCUAGAUAAGGUGCAAUGCGAAGCUUGUAAUCUUUACUGGUUACAGCAAAUCUCCAUCCACUUUCAUUGGUUCAUCUGAGCCAUACGGGAUUUGCAUAAUGUGCAAAGAAAAUCAUCAUAUAGCUGCGGAGAGAAGUUGUAAUUCCUAUUUUGUUUAUGUGGAAGCUGGUAUGGAUAAAUGCAGAAUUUUCUUCCUUUUUCACUUCUGUUAUUACUAGUUGGUAUUGUAGAAUGUACUUCUGGAUGCAGUAAUAUAUGUUUCCUUUGGA